AUGGCGAAGGGCAGCAGCCAUGUGUUCCAACAAUCUAGUAUAAUGUGUGUAUUUGGAUUACUUUGUGCUCUCUUUUGGUUUUGCUUAUUAUACUCUCCUUUCGGGGUUUUCCAAGGUAGAACUUUCUGGAGCAGCAGUCUUCAAAUCAGUCCCACCUCAAACCAAUCUAGGAUUCAAGAAUCUAUACCUAUACCUGUUGUUAGUCACGAACCAGAGAAUGUCGAAUCCGAAUCGGCUGUUUCUCCAUCCAAAACCCCAAAGGUUUUCCCAUUUAUGAAAACAUUAAGAACCAUAGACAAUAAGAGUGACCCCUGUGGUGGAAGGUACGUUUAUGUUCAUGAUCUGUCAAGGAAUGUGGUAGCAUUAACAGAUGCUUCGAUAUGUUUCACCCUCGACGUCAUCUUCAGAAACCGAAUGAAACAAUACAAAUGCUUGACCAACGAUUCGUCAAUGGCAGCAGCCAUUUUCGUCCCAUUUUACGCAGGGUUUGAUGCUUCGAGAUAUCUUUGGGGGUAUAACACAUCCGUAAGGGAUGCCGCGUCGCUUGAUCUUGUUGAUUGGUUGCAGAAUAGAGAUGAAUGGAAAGUGAUGAACGGAAAAGAUCAUUUUCUCGUCGGAGGAAGAAUCACUUGGGAUUUCAGGAGAUUAAGCAACAACUACACCGAUUGGGGAAACAAGUUCUUAUUCUUACCAGCUUCCAAGAACAUGUCAGUUCUUCUCAUAGAAUCAAGUCCAUUUAAUUCAAACGAUUUCGCCAUUCCAUACCCUACUUACUUCCAUCCAUCAAAAGACUCCGAUGUUUUCACUUGGCAAAACCGGAUGAUGAAACUUGACCGGAAAUGGCUGUUCUGUUUCGCCGGAGCUCCACGUCCAGGUAACCCGAAAUCAAUUCGAAGUCUUUUAAUCGAUCAAUGCAAGAAUUCAAACUCCGGGAAGCUUUUAGAAUGUGGAAAUGAUGAAAGCAAGUGUCAUUCCCCAAGUAAUAUAAUGAAAAUGUUUCAACGUUCAGUUUUCUGCUUACAACCACCUGGCGAUUCGUAUACACGAAGAUCAGCUUUCGAUUCGAUUUUGGCGGGUUGUAUCCCGGUUUUCUUUCAUCCCGCUUCGUUUUACACGCAGUACACGUGGCAUCUCCCGAAAAAGUAUACAAAAUAUUCCAUUUUUAUCCCGGAAGACGAUAUUCGCCGGAAUAUCAGCAUUGAACAGCGGUUAGGUCAAAUCGAUUCCGAAACUGUAAAGAUGAUGAGGAAGGAGGUGGUGGAUUUGAUUCCGAGGUUGAUAUAUGCAGAUCCUCGUUCCAGAUUGGAGAGUUUAAAAGACGCAUUCGAUGUAUCUGUGGAAGCGGUUAUCAACAAGGUGACGAAAUUGAGAAGGGAUUUGGUUGCUGGGAGGAGGAAUAAUGGUGGUUUUAUUGAAGAACUUAGUUGGAAAUAUGCGUUGUUAGAAGAAGAUGAGGAGGAGGAGACUGUGGAUGUUCAUGAAUGGGAUCCCUUUUUCUCUAAACCAAAACAGCAAACUUGA